AUGAUACAAAGUGAAGACAAUACAGAGAACCUAUAUAAUCUGACCUCUAAGUUCCCAACUUUCCUGUUGACCGGCAUUCCUGGCCUGGAGCCUGUCCACGCUUGGCUCUCCAUUCCCUUCUGUUGCCUCUAUGCCAUUGCCCUCUCUGGGAACAGCAUGAUCCUCUUUGUCAUCAUUACCCAGCAGAGCCUGCAUGAGCCCAUGUACUAUUUCCUCUCCAUGCUGUCGGUCACUGACCUGGGCUUGACUGUCUCUACACUGUCAACCACUCUACCUGUCCUCUGGUUUGAUGCCAGGGAAAUCAGUCCUGAUGCCUGUAUCCUCCAGAUGUUCUUUCUUCAUGGAUUUUCUGCUAUGGAGUCUGGGGUGCUGGUGGCUAUGGCCUUUGAUCGCUAUGUGGCCAUCUGCAAUCCUCUGAGAUACACCACCAUUCUCACUAAUUCCAGAGUCAUUCAGAUAUGCCUAAUGAUGACUCUACGUACGUUAGUUCUAAUACUGACAGUACUCUUGCUGCUUAAGCGGAUCUCUUUCUGUAAAGCCAAUGUUCUUUCCCACUCCUACUGCUACCAUCCAGAUGUGAUUAAAUUAGCAUGUUCAGACACUAGACUCAAUAGCAUCUUUGGGCUAAUUGGCCUCACCCUGACCACAGGGAUUGAUACACCAAGUAUUGUUGUGUCUUAUAUCCUGAUCAUUCGCUCUAUUCUCAGCAUUGCCUCCCCUGAAGAAAGGCACAAGUCCUUUAGCACCUGUGUCUCUCACAUGGGUGCUGUCAUUAUCUUCUACAUUCCCUUGAUGAGCCUGUCCUUGGUGCAUCGCUUUGGUCACUCGGCUCCCAGAGUGGUCCAUUCAUUGAUGUCCAAUGCCUACCUGAUUCUGCCCCCUGUGCUUAACCCCAUCAUCUACAGUGUGAAAACAAAACACAUCCGCAAAGCCAUGCUCAGACUUCUUAUAAACAAACAGAGGUGGCAUUUGAGGAAAAUCUGACGCAAGUCAUUUGCCUUGUAAAAAAAAAAAAGUGUCUUUGUUAGUAUCAUGUCUAUUAGUAACUUUAUUUUAGAACUGGAAAACUUCAUGAAGUCUAACAUAAUGAAAUUUGUGGCAGAGUAUCUUGCCCUUUGUCUCCUCUCGGGUUAC